CUCUCGAGGACCGUUUUAGGUGUAACACACAUAGAACAGCAUGGCCGAUGAACCUCCAGUGAAGAAAAAUAAACCGAAUAAACUCUCAAAUAAAGAGGGCGAAGAGAGAAUAAACUGGAGGAAAUGGAAAGAACAAAAGAAAGAAGAGAAGAGACGACACAAAGAGAGCAAGCUCAUCCAACAGCUGGAGAAACAGAAGCAGAAGAAAGAAGAGGAAAAUAAGCAGCAGGUCCAGCAGGAAGAGAAGGACAGUAAAGGUCGUUUGUAUACGUUGAGCGUGGCUCUGCCCGGAUCAGUGAUGGAUAAUGCUCAGUCACCAGAGCUUCGCACGUACCUGGCGGGUCAGAUCGCCCGGGCCUGCGCUGUGUUCUGUGUGGAUGAGGUGGUCAUAUUUGACGAACUGGGGGAGGACGCAAAGAGCAUUGAGGGAGAGUUCAAAGGCAUUGGUAAGAAAGGCCAGGCCUGCGUCCAGCUCGCACGCAUCUUGCAAUACCUCGAGUGUCCACAGUAUCUGCGGAAAUCUUUCUUCCCGAAGCAUCAAGACCUGCAGUUUGCUGGUCUGUUGAAUCCUCUGGACAGCCCACAUCACAUGCGCAUCGAUGAGGAGGCGGAGUUUCGAGAGGGGGUGGUGCUCGAUCGGCCAAGCAAACCAGGGAAAGGGUCCUUCGUCAAUUGCGGGAUGAGGAAGAACGUUCAGAUCGAUAAACAGCUCAAAUCUGGACUGAGAGUGACUGUACAGCUCAACAAGUGCCAAAACAAAGAGGGAAAGGUGUAUAAAGGUGUUGUUGUGGCUCCUCACGUCCCGAGGACAGAGGCUGGGCUCUACUGGGGCUACAGCGUCCGUCUGGCUUCCUGUCUCAGCGCUGUGCUCACAGAGUGCCCAUAUAAAGAUGGUUAUGAUCUGACCGUUGGUACAUCAGAGAGAGGAAACAAUGCAGAUCACAUCACUCUCCCUGCAUUCAGGCACAUGCUGGUGGUGUUUGGCGGUCUUCAGGGUUUAGAAGCGAGUGUUGAUGCUGAUGAGAAUCUGAACAUCACUGAUCCUGGCGUGCUCUUUGACCUUUACCUCAACACCUGUCCGGGGCAGGGCAGUCGCACCAUCCGCACCGAGGAGGCCAUAUUAAUCAGUUUAUCAGGACUCGGGCAGAAAAUCUCAGCUGUAUUUCCUGACCAAUCCAAAGGAUGACCCCAGGAAGUAGAGCUGUCAAGACCUUAUCAAUGUACAGUUUUGUGAAUCAUUUUGUAUUGAAAUAUUAAUUUGUAUCAGUGAACUGUCAUGAAUAGUGUUUAUAACCAUAAAACAAAUCAUGAAACAA